GAAACGGCACCAAGUUUUCUCAUAUAAGAAACAGUGUCUACAUCUGGUUUUGGAUCUUUCAUCAGUUUUAACUUUUCUAACUGUCAUCUUAAAGAAAAUUUUAAGUAGACUAUCGUUUUAAUCACGUGUGGAAAAGUUUUUCGCGUAACAGGAAUAAGAUGGCACGGAAGCUAACAGAUCCCAACUCCACUGCACCAUCUGCGUUCUUCUCCGCUGUGGAGAAUGUCCACAACUUCUCAGUGAACUCUAGCUCCUCUCGUCCAUAUCGCUAUCCAAACGUCACCUACGUGGACUUUUACCUGCAUGAGCCUUUGGUGUCAGCUAUCUUUAUUGUGUCCUACCUCCUCAUUUUCAUUGUAUGCAUGGUGGGAAAUGGAGUGGUGUGUUUCAUUGUGUUAAGGAGCAAGAACAUGCGUACAGUCACCAAUCUUUUCAUUCUUAACCUGGCUAUCAGUGACCUGCUGGUUGGCAUCUUCUGCAUGCCCACAACACUGGUGGACAACAUCAUCACUGGUUGGCCUUUCGGCAGCUUGGUGUGUAAGCUGAGCGGGAUGGUGCAGGGAAUAUCAGUAUCUGCCUCUGUCUUCACGUUGGUGGCCAUCGCUGUGGACAGAUUCCGCUGCAUUGUCUACCCUUUCAAACAAAAGCUCACUAUCUCCACCUCUACCCUCAUCAUUGUCAUCAUCUGGGUUCUGGCCAUCUCCAUCAUGUGCCCAUCGGGUGUCAUGUUACAGGUCACCAAAGAACACAGAGUCGCCAUCUUGCUGAGCAAUGGCAACACCACCCAACCCUUCUACUGGUGCCGUGAAAACUGGCCUAACCAAGAAAUGCGCAAGAUUUACACCACAGUGCUCUUUGCUAACAUUUAUCUGGCACCUCUUACCCUCAUUGUCAUCAUGUACGCCCAGAUCGGGAUCACAUUGUUCAAGACAUCAAUGCCUGCCUCUGCAAGCCAAACUGAGACCUCGGGCUCUGGAAAGCAAAGAAGAUACGAAAGCCGUCAGAUGGUGUCGCGGAAAAAGAAGCGGGUAAUUAAAAUGUUGCUUGUUGUCGCCUUGUUGUUUAUCCUCUCGUGGUUGCCAUUAUGGGCACUCAUGAUGCUAAGCGACUACGCCAGCUUGAGCGAACGUCAACAUCGGGUUAUUAAUAUCUAUGUUUACCCUCUGGCCCACUGGUUGGCGUUCUGUAACAGCAGCGUCAAUCCUAUAGUCUAUGGGUUUUUCAAUGAGAACUUUCGCAAAGGUUUCAAGGCAGCCUUUAAACUUCAGCUUUGCUCAGCCCAUUCUGGAAAGAGGAGGACCUACUCACAUCGACUGCAGGGCAAUGCUGUAUUACCUGCCAACUUGCCUAUGACCAAAGAGCCCGUAGAGGAUAGAGCUCCUCGGGCACGGGAAAGUGUUAUCCAAGGUCUGGUGAUGGUGGGCAAUGGGAGAGGUCUUGGUGAAAGCAGCCAAUCUUCAGGCAAGGAAAACACAAAAGAACAGGAUCUGAUCAUGGAAGAUCUGGAAAAGGUUAUGUAUGAUGUAUAGAAGCUCGAUGACCUCAUGGUUCAUGGUCAAAGCUUGUGCAAUUAGAUGAUGCUCAUGAAAGGAAAAAUAUGUUUCCUUCUCUUUGACCGAUUUACUGCUGGAAGGACAUCGUGAAGUUAUAAGAUUUCUUCUUUCAUCUAUUUCCUUCUCUUUCAUCCCUGCGGAAAAUGUGCUUUUCUCACUUGAAAUUUCUCAUUUCAAGACAAUAAUCAUGGCAGACAGGCUCUUUAAGCUGUAAAGCUUUAAAACUUCAGAAGUCAUGCGUGAUAAACAAAAAAGGCCAUUUUAAGGAUAUAGGCAAGAUGAGAAUGACAUCUUACUGACUGCCCAAUUAAUCCCACUGCCAUUUUUAAGAUGUCGUAUCUUGCUACUUCACCGAGGGGCAACCUUCCGAUCUCUCUGAUGAAGCCAAUAUGGAAGUGAUUUAAACUGCAAUACAUCGACUGGCGCUUGAGGCAGGCUCCAAAAGGGAGUCAAUUCCCAUAGACCUCAAUGUUAAAAUGGCCAAAUUUACAGUAGAAAAUAUGUUUACAGCUGGUACAAAAAUUAUUUUUGGUCUAUAUAGCUAAUUUUGCCCUUCAUGACAACUGUGAGGGGGUGAAUUGUUUUGUAACUCGUCCGUUUAAAUUAUAUUAAUCCUUAAAGUUCUGCAUAAUUAAAGGCGCGGCCACUUGAGUGACGGUUGAAGAGCCACUGUUGUCACUGAAGUUGACCUAGGCGGGCAUGGUUUCAGCAACCAGUCACCUCAGCUUCACCCACGUCCCACCUCUUUACCCAUGUUCGGAUAUCUGUGAGUGAUUCACGGUGACUCGCGGCCAAGAUGGCGAUGGAAGACACCACCUACUUUAAGCUUCAAAAACAAUCUUCAGAAACCUAUGGGUGACGUCAUAGACACUAUGUCCUUUUUUUAGAGUCUGUGUAUUUCACCCUGCCUAACCUAAGGAAUUAAUUGUGAGCUUCAUAAAAAAUGACCCACAAUGCCAUGGCAACAACCAACAUGAAUAAGGAAACUUAAAGUGGGCAUACAGUACAAUUGUAUAUUCUCUACUUCCAGGUAGUGAA